GUUGGAAUUCCCUAUACGCGAAACCUUGAACUGGAAGUUAAACUAUUCAACAAAUUGCCCUGAAUUAAAGCACAAACAUGGGGUUCAAUUCCUCAACUUUCUGAGAAAGAUAACAUUGAGUAGGAACGUGUAAUAAUGAUAAAACCAUUGACAACCCACUUAACUAUGCCCCCUGAAUAGGCAAGGACGGAACCUGGCUUCUGAGCCCGUUAUUGUCUUAGCAAUCAGUGUCAUCGCCUCAACCCAUCCAACACUGCAGAAUUUUCUUCACGCCUGUUAUUGUUCCAAGACCCAUUUCAUUAAAAUUCGAAGUAAAGAAAUAAACUUCAAGUUGGGAGAUGAACAGUAGCUGUUCUUCCAGACCAAAGGAGGAAAACAGAGACGUCUGCAGUCAGUAGAGAGAAUAAAGGCUCUUGGGUAUCGGUGGAUACACUUUCUGGCAGAUCUUCUGUUGUACUUGUCGUUGUUCUGGUGGAGCCGUGGAGGGUUGCACGGAGCUCGGGGAGUGAGCGAGCCAUGGUUCCGUUUGGUUCGCACCGGGGGGGCUGAGCUGAGGGGUGAGAAGGAACUGAAGAGGUCAUACCGUCCAAGGGUAAGCCGUGAACGCGCGGGAAAAAAUUGAGAUCACGGAGGAUUGCAAUCUAAGGAACCCAUUGCUUACACGCUUUUCAUCAGUUCGUUUCCAAUCAAACCCAAAUGGGAUACCGUAUGAAGGAGAAGUCAAACUUCUUUUAAAUACCAAAUACGAGUGAUGGGAGCCUCUCUCACACUGUACUCAGCAAAAAUUUGAGAGAGGGAAAGGAUGAAAUUUGAGAAAGAAUACCUGGAUUUGUUCUUGGUCCCAACCGGAUUAUGGAUCAUGUUUAGUUAUCAUCUCUUCCUCCUCUACAGAGUGCUAAGAUAUCCUCAGACCACGGUCAUUGGCUAUGAAAACCACAAUAAAAUGGCUUGGGUAGAGAGAAUGAUGCAGACUGAGACGAGGGACCUGGGAUCAGCUCUGGCAGUUAUCUCAAACAACACAACAGCGGCCACCUUCCUCGGUUCGAUGUGCAUCACUCUGAGCUCCCUUAUUGGAACAUGGGUGGCAGGCUCUGCACAGAAUAUCUUCGUGAGUAGACUUAUCUUUGGAGACACAAGCCAGACUACAAUGUCCAUGAAGUACAUCAGCCUCCUCUCCUUUUUCCUCGUCGCCUUUGUAUCAUUCGUUCAAUCUGCGAGGUACUUUGUCCAUGCUAACUUCCUGAUAAGCACACCAAAUAGCGACAUACCAGUGAAAUAUGUGCAGUUGGCCGUGAUCAGGGGAAGCAAUUUCUGGUCACUUGGGCUUCGGGCACUCUACUUCGCCAUUAUUUUGUUGCUGUGGAUCUUCGGUCCAAUCCCAAUGUUUGCUGCAUCGGUGAUCAUGGUGCUGUUCCUGCAUGUUGUUGACACCAAUUCCCUCCCAUUGCAUCAGUAUGGAAAGCCUCCUUUGGGACAGCGCAUGUUAGGAAGGUAGUUGAUGGCCAUGGAACUUUCAUGGUGAGAUGAGAUCAGAUGCAACACAUAUUGGGAUCUAAAAAUUCUGCCUGUCAAAUAUCUUAAUGUGCAGCAGGGGAAACAGAACCCCCUGUUAAGUAAAAAUAAUAAGGGAUACAGAUUUUGCGGUUUUUUUCUCCAUUCCCAUUGAGUUCAUAUGAGUUUCCUGCUUCAAAAGACAGAAUGUCUUCCUGCUAUUAUUAGCCUUCGAUCAUUGUUUUACAAUAUGGUAUUAGCUCUCAUUGCCAAGUC